GUCAAGAGACUUCCUUGUUAUGUAUUUAAAAUGAGUAAAUUCAUCAGCUCCAUCAUAGCAGAUGUUACAUGCUUGUACAGUAGGAGUACUUGUUAUUUCUACAAACAACAACAACUCAACUUGUUGAAUUAGUUUUUGUUUUGACAUUUGUUUUAUAUAUUGGGGGGGGGGAAUAAUUCUUUGUGAUACCUUGUUGAGAGCAAAUGUAACUGACAGACCAACUGUUCCACCGAUCAAAGGUUUGCUCUUGCCUAAUUCCGGCUUGUUGUGCUAUUUGCCUGUCAUUCAUCUGGCUGCUAAAUCCAGAGGGAGUUUCAUUUCUCUGCUCUAAGAUAACUGCAGCUAAGGAAAAAAUGGACAGAGGAUUGCGGCCGACUUUGUUCCUGCUGUUGCUUCUGUGUCCCCAAGGCACCAUGUUGUCCCACAUCAACUGUCCAUACAGAUGCCAGUGUUUUACACCAAUCCAAGUCCUGUGUGCUGAUGAACAUAUGACAUCUGUGCCCAAAAACAUAUCCCGGGAAGCCAAGGAGGUCAUCAUAAUGACAUCGGCCUUGCAGUACCUGUUCCCCACCGGCUUUGAGGAGAGUCCCCAACUCCACAAGCUUAUCUUCUUCAACAAUCCACUGCGGAGUAUUCAUUCGCAGGCUUUUCAAAACCUAUCUGAGCUUGAAGAACUGGAGAUCAGUGGGAACCCUUGGCUGGAGCAUUUGUUUCUGGGGACUUUUUCCAAGCAAGAAAACCUUACCAAGCUGCACCUCAACUAUAACAGGUUCCAGACUGUUCUUCCUGGUAUGUUUAACGCUCUUAAACAUUUAGAGACCCUGCAGGUGAAGGCCAACAUCAUAUCAGAUUUACCUACAUUUUUGUUUCAGAACCUUCAAAAUCUACACGUGUUGGAUUUAUCUCUUAACAGAAUCCAGAAAAUAGAAAGAGAGACUUUUUCUGGCUUGACUGGGCUGGACAUUCUUCAAAUGAGCAAUAACCAUAUUAGCAAUAUUUCAUCAGACACCUUCCAUCAUGUUGGUCAGCUGAUGGAGCUUCACUUGGAGGGGAAUAGAAUUUCAGAACUCGAUGAUGAGGUCUUCGCUGGGCUCACCAAACUGAAGGUGCUGAACCUCCGCAGAAACCGUCUCAUAACUUUCAGCGAUAAAGUGUUUGGACGUCAGGGUUCAAAUUUAACCCAAUUGGACCUGAGGGGCAACAGGCUGACAGAAGUGUCCUCUUUAAGCCUGCUGACAUCAAUGACUGACCUUCUCUUGUCCUCCAAUCAGCUUUCAAGCCUUCCUGAUGACAUAUUUAGAAAUGUCACCACACUAGAAAAUCUGGAUCUCUCUGAAAACAAGCUCACGUCAUUAUCAGACACGACCUUUAAUGAUCUCAAAAGCAUCAGAAUGAUCCACCUCCAUAAAAACCAGCUGAGCAGCGUGGAUGCCACAUUGUUUAAGGACCAGGAGUUCAUUCAGCAGCUCUACCUGUCUGACAACAAGCUGCAAAAUCUCCCUCUGGGCCUUCUGGACCACUUUGCGCUCCCGCACAUAUUGCGACUAUACGGAAACCCUUGGAAAUGUGACUGCCACAUGUGGUAUUUGCAUGAUUUAGUGCUGAAUAACAACCAGGACAUCGAGAUGCCGGACAGGAUGCUGUGCGAGACUCCCGACUUCCUGAGGAGGCGACCGGUAGCAUCCAUCGACAGGGACGAGCUUCUGUGUCAUUUGCCCAGAGAUGAUAUUACUGACCUGAACGGCUGUAGUCUUCACAAGUCUAGCGACUCACUGGUCAUCAAGUGCGACGUGGAUAAAUGUUAUCCACUCACUGUAAAAGUCCAGUUUCUGGAGCGCAGUGGCACUAUUCAGGAGCACAUUUGGACAAAUAAUGAUUCUGAGUGCAGCAAUGUGACGAUAUCUAAGGUGCUCAUGCCAUAGAUUUCUAUUGAUUUCUUUACAAUUUGCUCUCAGACAAGCCUUUGUCAAGAGUUGCCAGAUGUGUUUGUCCGGCCCGUCAGUCAAUUCUGCAAACACAGCCGCUGAUUACCAGCAUGUGAGGGUGGAUGAACCUUUUUUUAAAUUUUUUGCAAGGUUCAAAGGUUCACUCCCUGUCUUGUUGUGAUGCUGUCAUCACCAAAAGGAACAUGUUAAUCAUCCAUCAGCAGUGUUUCCCAACCUUUAUUGAGCCAAGGCACAUUUUUUUACAUUAGGAAAAAACAAAUCUCUCUGCUCAACACCAAACAAAAAUCUCACCAAAAGUGAAUACCCAUUUUAAAUAAUUGAUUUUAAUUGUUUUGCCUGUCAAUCUAUGUCACUGCCAUAGAUAGAUGAAGAUACUUAAAAGAGAAGAAGAACAAAGAUUCACUAAAUUAUUUUCAGACCAAUCAAGUGAAAUUGGAUCAUUUCCAAUAACACAAUGGUUGGGAAUCACAACACUAGACCACCGUCUCCUCCAAGUUUGACACUUUUGUCCUGUGUGGAGUUCCAUAAUAAAACAAAUUACAUAUAAAAGAAAAAGAAAGGUAGUCCAUUAUUAAGUUUGAAUCAAAGAAACUUCUCUUUUUGUGAAAAUCUAACAUUUUCUGUCCUUGCCAAACAAAUAUCUCUUAUUUACUGUGGGUCAACAACAUGAUGCGUGUGGGCACUAUGUAGCCCCCAAGGACCACAAGUAGCUCAUGAACCUGUUUAAAAAUAGCUCACCAGCGAUGGGACAUUGUGAUUUCCUAGGAAUGAUAUAGAAGUGAUCAUUUGAAAAAUGUCAACACUUUAUUUCUACCGAAUUAUAGAAAUAAACCGUUGCACAUUUAUGUUUCCUAGCUUGUUGAUAAUCAUUGUGAAAGAUAAUUAACGUGAUCCAUGUCUUCACAUAGAUAAAUAUCAUUAAUUAUUCAGAGCAACAUCAAAUUAAAGGUAAUUUGAGCAAAUGUGUUAUUUCAGAAGUGUGUAUCAAAAUGGUAGCCCUUUGCAUUAAUCAAUACUAAAGAAGUAGCUUCGGUGGGUGAAUUGCUCAAACUCUUUAAUGUCUUCGUCUUUGGACAGAGGAUAAAGCAUAUCCAGUAUGCACUCAUAAUCUGUAAUUCUCAGCAAAAUUCUGCAAAACUGAUUUGGAAUCUGAAUCAAGGGCAUUACAAUUAAAAAGCAAUAAGAACACAACUUUAACUGAUAGAACAGAAAAUUCCGAUGAGUAGUAAUGUUCCAAAAUGAGUAGUUUUGUCUACUGUAGAGGAGGGAAAAAAACUAACUUUAGUAAAGUCAUUGAAGCGUCUUUGAAAAGAUGAUCCGACGGGCAACUUAUCAUCCCAUGAGACUCUCGGGAUGAGCCAAGUGGUCCUGAAUGCAAAGAGGGAUAUAAAGGCGCGAGAUGGGCGCGGGGAGGAGACAAGCCUGGACGCAACAAGGCACCCAGAUGGCUACAGAUCGAAUAGGGUAUGCUAACUCACGGUUAAUAAGGGGCAAAGGUCAGAGGCUUGAUUGGGUCCUCUGUCCAGCGGAAUGACAUCACAUGACAAAAAGCGCUUGGCUGUCUUACUUCCAAAGUGUGAAGGCUUGACCUCAAGAGGAGGUAAUCCUCACUUGACUGGAUCUGUGGAGCUGAAGAGGACACUCAUUAUUCAAAAUACUAC